AGGAACCUUCCUGCGCUGUCUCCAACACGGCAAUGUUUAGGGCGGACAACAACAACGACGACAGACUAACCGGAAGCUUGCCGUCGGACUGUAGCCAGAAACAUUAGAGAUAAUCUGAGUGUUGUGUUCCUGUGGACGGAUAAAUGGCCGAUGCAUCAGAACACCCGGAAUGCAGUGAAGAUAAGGAAUUUACAUCUGAACCAGAGGAAGAAACCAAGAGCAGUCCUGAAGAAGAAGAAGAAGAAGUAGACAUGGACGUCCUGCGUAACCUCUUCUCCCGCACUCUUGGCCUUGGCUCAGCAGACAAAGUUCUGGAUGAGCUCAGUCUGGAGGGAGUGGCUCGAUAUAUCAAGAGCGACAAAUGUAAAAACAUAAUCUGCAUGGUUGGAGCUGGUAUAUCCACGUCGGCAGGAAUCCCAGAUUUCCGUUCACCAGGGACAGGCCUUUAUGCAAAUUUGAAGAAAUAUAACCUACCCUACCCAGAGGCCAUCUUCCAGAUAGAUUACUUUAAGAAACACCCAGAGCCAUUCUUUGCUCUGGCCAAGGAGCUUUACCCUGGACAGUUUAAGCCAACUGUUUGUCAUUACUUCAUGAAACUAUUGAAGGACAAGGGGCUUCUGAAACGCUGCUACACUCAGAAUAUUGACACCCUGGAACGUGUGGCUGGACUAGAAGGAGAUGAUCUAAUCGAAGCCCAUGGGACCUUCUAUAGUUCCCACUGUGUCAGUUACUCUUGCCACAAGGAGUACAACUUAGAUUGGAUGAAAGAUAAGAUCCUUUCCGAUAGAAUUCCCAGUUGCGAUGAGUGCAGCAGUUUGGUCAAACCAGAUAUAGUUUUCUUUGGUGAGAAUCUACCUGCCCGGUUCUUCACCUCAAUGAAGAUGGACUUUCCCAGCUGCGACCUCCUCAUCAUCAUGGGGACCUCUCUACAGGUCCAACCAUUUGCAGGUCUUGUUGGCAGGGUUUCAAAGAGUUGCCCCAGAUUGCUUAUUAACAUGGAAAAGGCAGGACAGGCCGAUCCACUCCUGGGGCUGCUUGGUUUUGGAAGUGGAAUGGACUUUGACUCAGACAAGGCCUACAGAGACGUGGCUCACAUCAGCACUUGUGAUGACGGCUGUUUGGCUUUGGCUGAUCUGCUUGGUUGGAAGGAAGAUCUGGAUGCAUUGGUAAAGCAGGGGAAAAACUGGUGUGACAGUCCGGGGGGGAAAACGAAGGACGAUGAAGGAGGUGAGACUGCAGACAAGCCGAGCACAGCAUCAGCAAAACAACAAGAAGAAGAAUCAAGAUAAAACUGCUGUUAUCCAACAAGUCAGUGCAUCACAGACACCAUUCAAGCUCUGGCUCUGAAAGGUAUUCUGUUAUUAAUGGGGAUUUGGUUGGAAAGUCAACAUUAACAGGUGUUUAAACCAGCAGAUAUGUGGCCCACAGCACGUUGUUUUUUUUUGCCUCUACUGUACUUUGUGUAUACGUCAGUAAGGUACAAAACUUCACAUUCACUAUCUGAUGGUGACAAAUACUUCUCACCUUAAAGCAGUCUAUUCCAAAUCCAUUGUUUACUUCCUUCCCUUGAAUUUAAACUGUUUCAGCCAAGGUUUGCUCUAGGCCCCCUGCAGGUCUUUACAGGAAGAGCAGUUGCACAUUUAUAAAUAUAACAGUGGUCAUUGAUUGAACAUUUUAAUUUAAUUAGUCACAGUGUAGCUCUGGAUUAAUCUAGAUAAUUUACCAUUCCUAAAUAUGACUCUGCACGCCUCCCCACACCACUCCCCCAGAUUAUGCAGUAGAUGAUGAUUUAAUGAAUAACUCAAAAUGUAUCUUUUCAGAGUUGGUUGGAUUUAGUCAGUACUCUGUAUCUUUUAACCUCUCUCUCUCUCUCACUUUCACUUUCUCUUCCUCUCUCUCACACAUUUUACUCACACUACACAUCUAAUCACAUGAAUCAUGUAUUUAAUGACAUGUUGAGUUCAAAUACUGUAUAAAUACAAUUUUAACAUUUUAAAGUUUAUUAGUUUUGUUAAGCAAGUCAAGGUAAAGGUAGAAGUGGCCCACAGGCCAGGUCAGGGUCAGUGUACGUAUGUGUACCCCACAGCAAACUAUCCAAGCCUGGCUGCUAAGAAUGAAAAAUACGGAGAGACUGUAUUGCAAUAUUUUUUUAACUAGGACAUGAGACAAUGACGUCCUACAAAAUUUAUGCUAUAAAAUAGCCUUUUAUAAAUGUUGGUAAUCCUGGGGAUGUGGUUACUUUAAACACAAUUUAAAUAAAACAAGCACAUGUGAGAGCUAAGUAUCUUAAUAAAGACUAAAAACUCCUUCUCA